UACAAGUCCCACACUCCAAUCGCGGUUUCUUCUUUCACAUAUUCUCUCUCUUUUGAGUAUUUUUUUGGAAGUCUCGUUUUUAGGGUUACGAUUUUCUCUCACUUUCUCGCUCUUUCUCGCCCACUCUGUUUGGGCGGCGGGAGAUUUUUUGUUUUUCUGAGGCUGCGAGCUCCGAGUGAUUUGCAAUGGGAGUUCCAGCUUUCUAUAGAUGGUUAGCGGAGAAGUAUCCGUUGGUGGUGAAGGAUGUGGUCGAAGAAGAACCUGUUGAAAUCGAUGGCAUCAAAAUUCCGGUCGAUACCAGCAAGCCAAACCCUAACGAACUGGAAUUCGACAAUCUCUAUCUCGACAUGAACGGGAUCAUUCACCCUUGUUUCCACCCCGAAGAUAGGCCUUCUCCAACAACUUUUGAUGAGGUAUUUCAGUGUAUGUUUGACUACAUUGAUAGGCUUUUUGGGAUGGUGCGGCCUCGAAAGCUGCUAUACAUGGCUAUUGAUGGUGUUGCGCCAAGGGCUAAAAUGAAUCAACAACGGUCUAGGCGUUUUAGAGCAGCUAAAGAUGCAGCAGAUGCGGCAGCUGAAGAAGCACGGCUAAGGGAAGAGUUUGAGAAAGAGGGCAGAAAGCUUCCUCCUAAACAGGAGUCACAAAUUUGUGAUUCUAAUGUUAUUACACCUGGAACUGAAUUUAUGGCUGUUCUAUCGAUUGCACUACAGUACUAUGUUCAUCUCAGGUUGAACAAUGACCCUGGUUGGGAAAAUGUUAAGGUCCUCAUCUCUGAUGCCAAUGUUCCUGGUGAAGGGGAACACAAGAUUAUGUCAUAUAUUCGUCUUCAAAGAAACCUUCCUGGUUAUGACCCAAAUACACGUCAUUGCCUGUAUGGUUUGGAUGCAGAUUUGAUUAUGUUGGCUUUGGCUACCCAUGAAAUUCAUUUUUCAAUCCUUCGAGAGGUUGUAUUUACUCCCGGGCAACAAGACAAAUGCUUCCUAUGUGGUCAGAUGGGUCAUUUUGCAUCAGAUUGUGAAGGGAAGGCAAAAAGAAAGGCUGGAGAGUUUGAUGAGAAAGGUGACAGUGCUGUUGUGGCCAAAAAACCAUUCCAGUUUCUCCACAUUUGGACUCUUCGAGAGUAUUUGGAGCAUGAGAUGACAAUUCCCAACUGUCCAUUCAAGAUUGAUUUUGAAUGCAUUGUGGAUGAUUUUAUUUUCAUGUGUUUCUUUGUUGGCAAUGAUUUCUUACCCCACAUGCCCACUUUGGAGAUUCGUGAGGGUGCUAUUAACUUGCUUCUAGCUAUAUACAAGAAGGAAUUGAGGGCAAUGGGCGGGUAUUUGACCAAUGGAAGCAAGCCAAAUUUGAGCAGGGUGGAACAUUUUAUUCAAGCUGUUGGAUCUUUCGAAGAUAAGAUAUUUCAGAAGAGAGCUCGAUUACAUCAGCGGCAGUCUGAAAGAAUAAAGCGUGACAAGGCACAGGCCAAGAGAAGAGAUGACGCCGAGCCUCAAGUUCAACCUGAGUCUCUAGUUCCAGUUGCUCGGUUCCAUGGUUCCCGUCUUGCUUCUGGUCCUUCACCUUCACCUUUUCAACAACGUGGCUUUAAUCACCGUUCAGAGGGCUCAAUGUCCGUUAGAAAAGAUUACCCACUUGGACAAGCUACAUCAGGAAUGUCAGGGCUUGAAAUUAAAAGCAAACAGUCUCAGCCCCAUAAAGUUGCACGUUACUCUUCAGGGGCUUCUAUUGGUGCUGCUAUUGUUGAAGCUGAAAAUGACCUUGAAAUAGAUGUAAAUGAAAACAAAGAAGAAUUAAAAGUGAAGCUUAAGGAGAUACUUCGUGAGAAGUCUGAUGCUUUUAACUCAAAAAAUCCAGAAGAAGACAAGGUCAAAUUGGGAUCACCGGGGUGGAAAGAAAGAUAUUAUGAGGAAAAGUUUUCUGCAAGAACGCCUGAGGAGCUUGAAGCAAUACGAAGAGAUGUGGUCUUGAGCUACACAGAAGGCUUAUGUUGGGUUAUGCACUAUUAUUACGAAGGGGUUUGUUCUUGGCAGUGGUUUUAUCCUUAUCAUUAUGCACCCUUUGCUUCUGACCUCAAGGAUCUCAGUGAUCUGAAUAUAAGCUUUGAGCUUGGUACUCCCUUCAAACCGUUCAAUCAGCUUUUGGGAGUAUUCCCUGCUGCAAGUUCCCAUGCACUUCCUGAGCAUUACAGGAAGUUGAUGACUGAUCCAAAUUCACCUAUUAUUGACUUUUACCCAGCUGAUUUUGAAGUGGAUAUGAACGGCAAACGAUUUGCCUGGCAGGGCAUCGCAAAAUUGCCGUUUAUUGAUGAAGCUCGCCUUCUUGCGGAGGUCCAGAAAAUUGAACAUACGUUGACGGAGGAGGAGGUACGGAGAAACAGCAUGAUGUUUGACAUGCUUUUCGUGAAAUCGUCACAUCCUCUCUCUGUAUGCAUAAGUAUUCUUGACGAGAAGUGUAAACGGUUAACAGACAAAGAACGGGUUGAGGUCAAGGAGAGAAUCGAGCCUGAGAAAAGGUCUAAAUGCAGUGGUGGGAUGAAUGGUUAUUUAUCCCCAUGUGGUGGAGAACCUCGACCACCUAUUUUCAGGUCUCCUGUCACAGGAAUGGAAGAUGUUAUUGACAACCAAGUCAUAUGUGCUAUAUACAGACUCCCAGAUAUGCAUGAACAUAUCACUCGACCGCCUGUGGGGGUUAAAUUCCCAAAGAAGAUUGUGAAUUUGGGGGAUUUAAAACCUGAACCUGUUUUGUGGCAUGAAGAUUCUGGAAGGAAGCCAUGGGAGAAUGGAAGGCAAGCCCCCUCAGGAGCCAUUUCUGGUCAACAUCUUGGGGAAGCAGCUCAUCGACUGGUUGUUAAUAGCUUACAAGUGAAAGUAGAUCGAAAUGGUUAUGGCAAUCGGAUGCAUGCCCCACCACACUCUUACCCCGUGCCUCCAUAUAGACCGCAGUUGCCAUCCUACCAAAAUAAUCAAAUGCCGCCACCAAGACCAGGUCACCAUCCUCGAGGCCCCCCUCAAUAUUCAAAUUCCAUUGGUCAGGGUUACCAUGAUGAUGGGUAUAAACCACCAUAUGUUUCAUCAGCACCCCACCAUCCAAACAAUAGGCCUCAACCUCAAAAUUAUGAAAGAAAUAACCGAUCAGUUACCCACAAUAGUGGAGAGCAUUCCAGGAAUAUAUACUACCCCCCAUCAGGAGGUGGCCAGAUUGCCGUACCCAUGUUUGCUGGAAUACCGUUGGCACAAACUCCAAAUGGAGUCCGUGCUCGUCCUUAUCAAGCUGGUUACAACAGUUUCCAGAACUACCAACCACCUGGAGCUUCUAGUCAGCAACACUGGCUAAAUGGUGCUCCAACAGCCAACCAUAGCUACCCCAGGGGAUACAGUCGUCCUCAACAAUCAGGUAACCAAUACUCUGUAUUAGACAAAAGAGGAAAUAAGAGGCCACAACCUCCACCGCCUGGUUAUGGGCGCAAGUAGAAUUGAUUGCUGCUUGUCACCCCAUCCUGGCCUUGACAAUAAAAAUGUUGUACAAUAGUCGGUUCUUUCAUUUGGGUUGUAUCAUGAAAUUAUUUUUCAUUUAUCUAGGAGGCUUAAUCUUGGUUAGGCUUUUUCAUAUGUUUUUUUGUAUUUAUUGUAUUCUCAAAGGAAAAAAAUCUCAAUGAAUUAUGCUGGAGUAUACAUGUAUUCUUGUAUCGUAGAAUAAAAUCGCCAUUGAGGUUAAGGUUC